AUGUCGCAUUACAAAAGUGAAAGCGGUGGAAAUCUUCCGAAAGCGCUGUGCCGAUUUGUCAAAAUCCUGCCGACAGGGCCACACGUAACUUUCGGUAGUGGAUGUAUCGUUUUGCAAAGUGGACCACCACCCAGUACUGAUUUAAUAACUACGACUCAAGUUCUAACGAAGAAUGAUCUCCUGGGAGACAGUUCGAUCUUUGUGCAGUUUGAAGAUAACCAAUGGUUUGAACUGAAAUUAAAAAGCCAAGAUGCAGUCAAUCUUCCAGAUUCCAAACCCGGAAGAGUGUUGGGGGACAUCGAAGGUAACGAAGAUCAAGUGUCGUUCCUACGCAUUCCCGUAGACAUGUUCGACUCCAGGAUGUGGCCUAUUAGAAAAAUAUGGCCUCUGAAAAAACGUGCCCUUUCUUGCUUUUAUCCCAGCGAUGAGAAUUUGGAGACUUCCAUUUCAAACAAGAAUAUUACAUGUUAUGUUAUUUCGGAAGACAGGAAGGACCGGCGAUUUUACAUCACCGAACCUUCCUACCUACGUUUUGGCAAAGAUACAGAUGAAUUUGCCCUCUUGUCUGUCUCGGAUACCGAUUGCGCAAGUCCAGCAAAGACUUUCAAAGACUUUGCUAAAGAGGAGAAGCCGAAAGGUGCUCCGCUCUUGGAUGCCAAAGGAAGAUUGGUAGGAAUGCUGGCAGUAGCAAACUCCGGAGAACGGAAAGUAUAUCCUGUGUUCCUACCGACCUUGACAGGUGACAGCAACAAUCAUGGUCUGGGAGACGAGAAAAUCAGUAAUGCAGACAUGAUGCCUUUCCAAAACAAAAUAUUCAGACCUGAAACGGAUGAAAAAGAGCAACAUAAUAAUCAUUCACCUAAAAAUCCAGUAUCAAAAGAGUUUAGAAAUGAAGAUAAGGGGGCACAAACCAGCACAACGGAUAGGCAAGGGAGUGCCAGUCCUCCUUCAAGUCCUUUACAUGAGAGUUCUCCAGAAGCCAAGUUAGGAAAUGGUUCUGCUCAAGAACAGCAUGAGUCUGGAAGUUCACAUCGACCAGACAAUGGUGAGGAAACUUCAUCAGGGGAAGUUGAAAGCAAUAGUUCUGCUGAAAUGGCGAAUCAAAACCAGCCGCAUGAUGAUCCUUGCACUUCAAGCCUUCCAGAAGAUAAUUCUGCUCCAAAACAGCGUAAAGACCAAGAACAAGACGAGUCUGUAAGUUCACAACGACCCAAAACUAGAGAGGAAAGUUCAUCAGAGGUGGAUGAAAACAGUUUCAGCGGUAGUUUUGAAGUGGAGAAUCAUGGCCAGUCACAGGAUGAUUCUAGAAGUUUAAGUUUUCAAGAAGAUGACAAGAAAAGUUCACCAGAAGAAACAGAGAAUUCCAGUAGAGAGUUGGAGGAGCCUCAUGAUUAUGCAUCAAUGUUUGAAGAACAAGAUCAGGAAGGAGGUAAUACUGGAUAUGGCCAUGCCAACAAUGAGAUUUCACUCCGGGAUGAACCAGAUGGAAAAAACAAAGAAACAGAUCCCCAGGUGGAUAAUUAUGCCGAUGAAGAUGUUUCACAAACUCUCGCAGGACAGGCCAGGAUUCCCACACUAGCAACCCAAAAUUAUUGUCAUGACCAGUUCUCUGACCCUGACUAUUUUCAUGAUGAUGAAGACUUUCCUUUUCCCACGACAGUUACGGAUCCCACCCCCUCUGAGCACAAACGAACUCUUCAAGAAAGACACAGCAAUUCCCAACAUGGGAUGGAUAGAACUGUAACAAUGCAAACUGGUGAGGUCGCCACAAAGAUGAAACAUGUCAAUGCAGGUUAUGGUGUUCGUGAGACCCCAAGUUUGCCUCCUGAGAAGGACAGACCCCCUAGAAAUCGUUCUUCCAAUGGGCAGAGUCGCCAUGGUGACACCGAUCUGCCUUCUUUUCCCAGAAGCCAGAGUGACGUGUUUGGUCCAGGAACCCCUAAUCAAGGCCCACGUAUAACUCGUCACAACACAAUUCCAAGUAAACAGCUAGAGCAUAUUCUGCCAGGGUCUUUUUUGAAGGACAAAAUUGUCAGUAGGGAAGAUGUCAUGGAUGUUCUUAUCCUCCAUCUGGACAGAUCAGUCUGUCUUGCUCCUGGGAUUCCAGCCACUCAACGUUGGGAGCAUCUUGCUGACCAGUUUGAGGUACCAGACGAUGUAAAGAGUCAAUGUGCAAAUUUCUCUGGAAAGCUGAGCUCAAGUGAAUCAUUGUUUGAGCACUUAUGUGCAACACAAGACUCCCUUACAGUGAAAGAGGUCAAAAGCUGCCUCAAGAAACUUGGACGAAAUGAUGUUGUCGCGGAGCUCGAGAAAAACAGUCACCUCAAAGACGAAAGUACAGUCACCGACCUUUAUGAACAGCAUUCAGAAACCUUAUGUAGUAUAUGCAUGAAACUGGACGACAAGCGGAGCAUAAAGAAUUGGUACCAUUUUGGAAUUGCAAUUGGUAUCAAGGCAGGCACCCUAAGAAGAUUAAGAGACCCCUCUAGAGACAGUCCAAGUGAGAUGGUCCUGCAAAUGAUCCAAACAAGAAAACCGCGUCUUCCGUGGAAGAAACUGGUUGCGGAUAUCAACUUACCAGGCGUAACUAAAGCAUUGGCUGGUUUUCCAGAUAACAGCACUAUCGAAAUGUUGCUUGGUAACAUGGACGCCAUGGAAAACGUUACGACAUUGUUGGAUCCUGAUAGAAAGUGGCAACGCGUUGGUCAGCAUUAUAACAUCGACCAGAGAAUCCUUGAUAACUUAAAGCCAGGUGAUUUCCAGAGUCCAACAAAAACCUUGUUGGAAUACAUUGUUAAAAGAGAACCAACCGCAACUGUGGAUACCUUCCUGAGGUCUCUACUGAACAUAAAUCGCUCCGAUGUUAUAGAAGACCUAAAGGAGUUUUUUUAUGGUGAUGACAUUGAGAGAAUCCUGCGGGCGGUAGGACCUGUACCUUUAUAAUUUGGCAGAGAGGUGGAACUAGUGGCUUUUCAAAUCUUCAAAGUUGGAAACAAGACAGUGGUUUUGAAAACAAUCAAGUUCUGCGUAUAUUUUUAUUACAAUGGU